UCUUUCCCUCUUUCGUUCGAUUGGAUUAAUCUGAUAUAACUUAGUUUUGGCUCAGUUAUUAUGAGUCUCAAUUGUACUCCUUACAAAUUGUUUUGGUAGAUCGGUCAGGUCCGAUUUUGACUAUUAGCUUGCGAGCGAGCUGACCACAGUAUUCUGUCCGUGCCACUACUCUGCUCUAUUUUCUGUUUUCUUCAUAGUACUUUGCCCCCAAAGAUGAGGAAUGUUGAGAUUAAUUGUUCUCUUCGUGACCCGGUAGUGAUCAUUCCUAAAAUAGAUCUUCCUGUUGGGAUUUGAGGUAUUAGUUCAUUUAGGUACAUGGUGGUGCAUUUUUGGGUCUUUUAUCAGUUCUUUACUGUAAUGAGUAUCAGCAAUUUAGGAUAGACUGCACUUCCGUAGCAUGCCGGAGGAGCUAAUUUUAGUUGGUUGCUAUCAGCAAUAAGCUUCUUCCAUCUCGGUCUUGGGAGACUUCCUUCUCCAUCAUCAUUUCUCCUUUUGAAUUAUCUGGGAAGAAUCUCCUUUGUUGUUCUUAUCAAAAAAAAAAAAAAGACUCCUUUGUUGCACUUGUAAAAUGCUGCCUAUUCAAGCAUGUGGUUCGAGAUUACUUCUAGUACACUUUUCAAGCAUGUGGUUCUGCUCCGUUUGUAGGGCUGAGUUAGAAUACAGGAAAGUAAUGCAAUGACUAGGGGUGGAUACACAGUUUUGAUUAACACAUGGAAGCGUAAUUCUCUCCUUAAGCAAGCUGUAGCCCACUAUGCAUCUUGUAGUGGAACUGAUGCAAUACAUGUUGUAUGGAGUGAGAGUGAUCCACCAUCAGACAGCCUAAAAGCCUAUCUUAAGAAUAUUGUAUUCUCAAAGUCACAGACUGCACACAAACCUAAUUUUAGGUUUGACCUAAAUGAGGAGGAUAAUCUGAAUAAUAGAUUUAAGCCAAUUGUGGACCUCAGGACAGAUGCAAUCUUUUCUGUUGAUGAUGACGUAAUUGUUCCUUGCCAUACUCUGGAGUUUGCAUUUAGUGUGUGGCAAAGUGCUUCUUCCACAAUGGUGGGAUUUGUUCCCCGCAUGCAUUGGCUGGAUGUAGAGAAGGAUGGUGUUGCAUAUUACAAAUAUGGAGGUUGGUGGUCAGUUUGGUGGAUGGGCACUUACAGUAUGGUCCUCUCAAAAGCAUCAUUCUUUCACAAGAAGUACUUGGAUUUGUAUACCUACAAGAUGCCCUCAUCCAUAUAUGAUUAUGUAACAAGAGAAAGAAACUGUGAAGACAUUGCAAUGUCUCUACUUGUUGCAAAUGCCACUGGUGCACCUCCAAUAUGGGUUAAAGGGAAGAUAUAUGAAAUUGGAUCAUCGGGCAUCAGCAGUCUGAAAGGACAUAGUACAAGGAGGAAAAAUUGCCUAAACGAUUUCAUUUCCCUCUAUGGCACCGUGCCCCUAGUGCCAACAAAUGUAAAAGCAGUGGAUGCGGGACAUGAGUGGUUCUGGUAGUUUACAAGGUGACUCCUGGCUCCAUGUAACAUCUGUUCAUCCCUUAUUACCUGUAACUUUUCCCCUGGUUCGGGAGCAAAUACAUGCAGGAAGAUGGAUCAUGGCAAAGCUUUUUCCCCUAUGAAACCCCCCAAAACAAACUACUGUGAUAUACUGGUAUUGUUGGUUAUUCUUUCAUCUGCAGAUAACACGAUGAGAAUGUUGUUUCACCCCUUGAUUGACCAUUUCAGGCAUUCCCCCAGAAUAUUUUAGCAUGUGAAAGAGAGUAACAAAAUGCCCUCCCAGUGGAGAGUUUUGGAAUGGUUUCUGAAAUUAAGCAUUUUGAUUUUAGUCUGAAA